AUCAGAAAAAACAACAAGCAGCCGUCGCUGGAAUUUCGAGAGCAACUAAAAAUUGAACGUGUGUGUUUUGAAAACAAAACGUAAAAAUAUGUGCCGCUGAUAUCCAAUGAGUUAUCAGCUCGCCUGCGCCUAAAAUGCUUCACUCGCGUAACCGAUUCGCAAACUUUAUAAAAGUUAUCAAAAUUUGUUGAUAAUAGGAAAUUUUUACAUAAAAAGAAAUUCACAAAAAAAAAGAAGAGAAGAGAAAAGAAAGCUUUAAAAAUGUGCGACGAUGACGGUGAAAUUAGUGAGUCAGCAACGCGAACCACGCCGGCGACUCCGAUCGCAACAACAACAACGCCAGCUGAUGCUCAUCAAACCAAAAAGUCACACACCAAUAACAACAACAACAGCAGCAGUAAAUUGGAUGCAAAUGUGCUGCAAGUUGAGCACUGGCAAAUUGACGAAGUGGAGCAAUGGAUUGGCGGCAAGGAGCAUUUCUCGCGCUCCCUGCGAGAUUGUCUGCGCAGUGAGUGCAUUGACGGCCAGGUGCUGUUAACUUUAACAGAGGAUGAUGUACGCGAUCUGCGCUACAAAUUGGGGUACAAACUCGCCUUUGGCGAACUGAAGAGAUUCUGGAUAACAGUCUCCCAUCUGCAGCAACAGUGGAAGCACGAGCAGAGUGAAUUUUGCAACUAUCGCAGCGAUGUCACCGUUCCCGUUGCUACGUCCUGUGUCACGAGUUUACCCCCCGAAAUAUCGUGCCCUUCCCCCACGAACUGUCAGGAUUGUCCUGGCGUUUGCAGCAUACUUCGAGAUACCGACAGACGUUUGGUUGCCCCCGAAUAUUUUAAAACGGCAAUUAGUUUAGGCUACUCGUUCGUCGUCACUUGGAUAACAUCGUUUGUCAUGGUGAUUGUACAUGAGCGAGUUCCCGAUAUGAAACGUUAUCCACCGCUGCCGGAUAUAUUCCUCGAUAAUGUGCCUCACAUUCCCUGGGCUUUCAAUAUGUGCGAAAUUACGGGCUCACUUUUGUUCACGAUUUGGUUGAUUGUGCUCAUCUUUCACAAAUAUCGAAUGGUUCUGUUGCGUCGCUUUUUUGCCUUGGCUGGCACCGUUUUUCUGCUGCGCUGCGUCACCAUGCUGAUAACAUCGCUGAGUGUGCCGGGGACACAUCUGCAGUGUAGCCAAAAGGACUUUGCCAUCGAUGAUCCCAAUGUGGAUGUGAUUGGUGCAUUGGUCAUACGCAUGACACGCGCCUAUCGCAUCUGGAGCGGAUUGGGCAUGUCCAUCCAAGGAGUGCGCACGUGCGGAGAUUACAUGUUUAGCGGUCACACGGUCGCAUUGACACUACUCAACUUCUUUAUCACCGAAUAUACUCCACGUAAUUUGUACUUCCUCCAUACGAUGACAUGGCUGUUGAACAUGUUUGGCAUCUUCUUUAUCUUGGCUGCCCAUGAGCAUUACUCGAUCGAUGUAUUUGUUGCCUUUUAUAUAACGUCGCGUCUCUUUCUUUAUUACCACACGCUGGCUAACAAUCGGGCUCUUAUGCAAAGCGAUUCGACGCGUACACGCGUCUGGUUCCCAAUGUUCAGUUACUUUGAGAAUCAUGUGGAUGGUAUGAUUCCCAAUGAGUUUGAUACGGCGGGCUCGCUGAUUAGCUCGAUGUUCCAUCAGAUAGUAUGGAUCAAGGAUCAGAUUGUCUGGGCAUCUCAUAACGUCUCGUUGCAGAAGGCGGCCAAGUCAUUGCACAUAACAGGAAGCUCCGAGACGGAUUUGUGCAAUCACACACAUUCAUCUGGAUCGGCUUUCUUCAGUCCAGUGAGCAGCAUAAACAACAUACGCUCGGCUGUCACGAGACCCACGACUCCGGUUAAACUAUCACCACAAUCGACUAAAAGGACAUUGAACUCGACAGUCCCUUCCCCGGUUACAUCAUCACCACAGCCAGUUAAACGGACAGUGGCCACGAUGGUACCGUCUUCCGGCUUCUCAACUCCUCAACAGGUUAAACGAUCUGUAGUUAAUGCCAGUGUUAGUCCCUAUGCUAGUUACGUUGUUGCUGGCGAAACGCUCAAGAAGGAAUCGAAGGAUCCGCAGACUGUGAAGAAGCAGCUCUGAUUCAGUUGUUGCCAAGUCUUCCCCACUGGCUUACACUUCUUAUUUGUUUAUCGUCGUUCUACGAAAAAUGAAAACAUUGCAGAAAAGCA